UUUCGUUGUCAUCUUUCGGUGUAUCUAAGCUUUACUCAGCGCGAGAUUUCUCAGCAAUUGCAGCCAUAUAAGAGGGCUCCUCCAAAACAACGCCUACUAUACCACCCAGAUAUUACCAAUGAAUACGGCCCAGGAAACAGCAGAGUACGUUGAAGAAGAAGAAGGGGAGGUGUUCAUCGACUCGGGCGAUGUACUUACAGAGGUUGCCGAUGACGGCGAUCAUGUUAUGGACGAGGAUGAUGAAGCAGAAGACGGGAUCGACGAUCUUCCAUCUAAUGUGAAGGACAACUCGUUGCAGCACUUUACCACUCACAGCGGCUCUGUGUUUGCUAUAUCAUGUCAUCCCACGGAACCGCUUGCAGUCUCCGGGGGUGAAGAUGAUCUUGGAUACAUAUGGGACAUUACGGAUGGAGAAGUUAUUGUGAAACUGACUGGACACACGGAUAGCGUAUGCAGCGCGUCUUUCAGCAGCGAUGGUCAGAUGGUCGCGACUGGUGGAAUGGAUGGCAAGGUGAGGAUAUGGAGAAGAGUUGGCACAGUGGACUUCAGAAAUUGGGAGUUCUUGACUGAACUUCAGGGCCCAGAUGAAGUGAUUUGGCUACGCUGGCAUCCCCGUGGAUCAAUUUUACUCGCAGGCUCCAAUGAUUCUACGGUUUGGUUGUGGCAAUUGCCAUCGGGAAAUACCAUGCAGGUAUUCGCUGGACACAGUGGUCCAGUUCAAUGUGGAGAGUUUACGCCUGACGGCAAGCGGAUAGUAACCGCCUCUGAGGACGGAACUCUCAUGUAUUGGGAUCCGCGAUCACCAACUCCGUUGUUCAAACUCUCACCACAAGACGCCCGUUUUGAUCUUGAGAACAUUACAUCUCUUGCAAUAAACGCUUCUUCUACGCUCGCAGUUGUUGGUGGAACAUCGGGGAGUGUGCGUGUAGUAAGUCUCAGCAAGGGUGAGGUGGUCGGUGCCCUUGGAGGACACGCUGAGGGGGAGAGCGUUGAAGCUGUACAAUUUGUCGAUCUCGCUGGAACAGGGAGCAGCCCUGGUGUUGUAGUCACUGGUGGGACGGAUGGAAAAGCGUGUGUAUGGGACCUCACCACAAUGAGACUCCGCGCAACUCUCGAGCAUCAGGAUGCAGUGACGUCACUGCUGGCUCACCCGUCACCAAAAAGUCACUUGAUAGUGUCAGCGUCCGCAGAUAACACCCUCCGCACGUGGGAUGCUCGCACUGGCGCGCUAGUUAAGGAACACACCGGGCACCAUGGCCCUAUACUUAGCGCGUCUCUUGGACUUCAAGGUUCUGUGGUUGUUAGCGGUGGGGAUGAUUCGGCUUGCCUAGUCUUCACUACGGAGGUCGACGAGUCAGGAUAGAGGUCUGGUCGCUUUGUCAUUUAAGUUCCUGGCACGUCGCAAGAACAAAACUCUUGUACAAUCCAGUUGGAAUUAUAGAUUAUUCGAGAGUAUGUGACUUGAGUAAUACCGUGCAGUACUGCGGACAGACGACUCUUGGAUCCCAAGCCAGCCAGUUGGUUAGUAACCUCCAUCGCCAUGCUUCCGAUCGAGAAAACGGCUAGAAA